UGAUUCUAGACUUACCCAAGAACAUCCACAACCACAAUCCCUAUAAAUGGGCAGAGCAACGAACUCAUUUUUCACAACAGAACCGACUGAUCGAUCAAGCUCAUCAUUGAUCAUCUCAACAGAACCAAAUUCAUAGAAAAGAAAGAAAAGGCUGAGCAUUAGCUAGUAAAAAUGGCCUCUUCUAAGCUCUUCAUAGUUCUUGCCAUUCUUGCGAUUGUUUCCCCAACAAUUUUGGCAACAGAUUUUAUUGUUGGUGAUGACAAGGGUUGGACCAUUAAUGUUGAUUACCAAGCUUGGGCUCAGGGAAAGCUCUUCUAUGUUGGUGACAACCUUGUAUUUAACUACCCAGAAGGAGCUCACAAUGUGGUUAAGGUGAAUGGAACUGGGUUCCAAGAAUGUGCAGCUCCUGCAGGCACUGUGGCAUUAACAAGUGGACAGGAUGUGAUAAACCUAGCAACGCCAGGAAGAAAAUGGUACAUAUGUGGUGUUUCUAAGCACUGUGAAGUUGGACCCCAGAAGCUUUUCAUAACUGUUAUGCCAGCUUCCUUUGCUCCUAGUCCAAGCCCCACUACCUCUGCAGCAACUAUAAGUUCUGUUAAUGGAGUUAGAUUUGGGUGGAUGAUCAUUGUUAUUGGCAUUCUUGGGAUGCUCAUCUACGCUUGAGAUUGGACUAGUGCUCUCCGAGUUUCCAUUUUAUUGUAUCUGAUUAUUAGAUUAAUUCUUUCCUGUUAUUAAGUGUGAGUUUCUGAAUGAUAUUUUGGAUAUUUCAAGCAUUAAUUUAUAUGAACUGCAUGCCAGUUUAUUGUUUUG